CAUCACUCGAUUUGUUUAAAGACAAAACCAAAACCUGAUCUCAAAAACUCUUUUUAAUUUCAGUUUGGUCUUUUCGUAUCUUCUUCUUCCACGUAAUCAAAAAUUACAAAGAGAGAGAGAGAGAGAUCUUUGAAAGCAAGAAAUUCUAAUCCAUGGAAUCAUCUCCUUCGUUCCUUGACAAUCUCUUCUUCUUCUUCCUCAUACGUCCGCUUCUGGCGAUCUCAUUCGUCAUCUGCUUCAUCGCUCUUUGGUGGUUUCUAGCAUGGAAGCUUGUAUUAAGCCAUGUUCCUCUAGUACAAGAGAUCUUUGGCUUGAGGAAGAAAACCUUUAUACCAAAACCUGAAUCUCGUGGUCGAAUCGCCAAAUUCUACAAAAGUAUCAGUUCUCAGAAUCCUGUUCCCCAAUGAAAUCGCAAGCUCCGAGGUUUAUAGAAGCUUCGAUGAUCCGAAAACCGAACGAGUAAGAGGAUAUUCAAUGUCACAAUCCAGAAAGAUUCAAGUUACAGUUUUAGUCACUAAAAGAGUUCUGUUAUGUUGUUGACUCUUUUAUGGUGGGGGAUGUGUGCAAUGUAGUGUAACAACUUGUGUAGUGUGAAGUAUUUCAAGCCCAAAUCUUGAAUCACUGUUUCCUUGUUGUUGUGUGAGAGAUGCUUUGAUUCAUGAAUCUGGUGAUAAAAAAAUGAUGUUUUCACCA